AUGGCAACAAACCUCGAAUCCCUCGGGGGUCAGCGGCGCCUUGCCUCGUCGCCUGGCGCCCUGGGGUACGUCAGGGACCGAUCGCGGAAAUUCCGCGGGCAGAGGUCCUUUUUCGCGCCGCGUGCCGACCUCUUCUCGGCGGCGAACCCGAGUGAGAACAACAGGCUGCUCGACGCGGACUGCCACCGGGACUUCGGCGGGAUGCAGCCACUCGGUCCGGCUGACGAUCGUGGGCAACCAGGCAACGUGUCCGCGGACAGCCUGUGGCUGCGACUCGCUGCGACAGCGUCGCAAGACGUCGAGGUACUGCAUCGAAAGCGUGGCGAAUUGCUCGACUUGCACCGGCGUUCCCUGCUGACCUCCUUUGGGGACAGUGGGGAGCAGGAGGAACGUCGAAUGCAGCUGUUGGCCAGGGAGAUCGCCUCCAUCGCCAAAUGCGUCGGGGACUGCAUGUCUCGCGUCAGCACCGCGAAGGCGGCGUCAGGGGAUGGCGAGAAGGUGAGACGAAGCAUCAUACGACGGCUGGCAAUCGAGCUUCAGACCUUGCAGCAGGAAACACGCAAGGACCAGCGCAGACACGUAGAUCAGUUGCAGCAACAGGAACAUUCGCGGACGGAUCGCUAUCAUGCGAGGGGGUCGGCAGACGAGGCCUUCGAGGUCCUCGAACGAGCGACACACGCUUUUGCCACAAAGGAUCUUGGCAGCACUGCACACCAGCUGCUGAUCAAUGACAUCGAAGUCGCAACGCACACGCGCGAUCGCGAGGUGCUGAAAAUUCUCCAGUCAAUUCAGGAACUCUCGGUCAUGACGAGCGAGCUCUCCAUGAUGGUGAUAGACCAGGGGACGAUUCUGGACCGAGUCGACUACAGUAUGCAGCAGACAUCAGAACUGAUGAAGCAGGGCGUCGUCGAGCUGGAGCAUGCCGAGCGUCACCAGAAAAACUCUCGAAACUGGCUCAUCAUCGGCUGCUUGAUCAUAGCAUGCCUCCUCAUGCUCGUCCUCUACAUGCUCAAAUCCUUGUAA